AUGAGGAAAAGCUCCUCCCUACCCAAACGCGAUAGAAAGGAGAAGAAGUUCAGAUUUAGACAAUAUGGAUUGUGGGAAAGAUAUAUUGAUCUAUACCCUAAGAAUGAUCUCAUAUAUACCGUUGGUGUUAGUAAUUAUGCUAAAGAUUGGUUCUUGGCCCAUGUUAACAGAAAGGUUGGAAAUACGGCAUAUAAGGCAACUACAUGGCAGAUCAUAUUUGAACUUAAAAGUGUAAUGCAAAGUGGAAGUUACACUUUGCAAAUAGCCUUGGCAUCAACUACUAAUUCUGAACUUCAGGUGAGGUUCAACAAUGCCAAUGCCAAACGACCUCUUUUCACAACAAGGCUAAUAGGCAAGGAUAAUGCUAUUGCAAGAUACGGAAUUCAUGGUUUAUAUUGGUUCUAUAGCAUUCAACCUUUCUAUAACUACGACAUAAUCACACUUGCCAAGGUCGACAAAGGAGGUCACAACACUGGAAGAGUAAAUUCACAUGCUUUAGGUUUAAAGCCUUGUCAUUUAUCAGAUGUCCUUGGAGUCUAA